AUGGAUGCCUUUCCUUCCAAUCUUAAAUUUCUUUUGCUUCGUUUACAAUGUACAAUCAUGUUCAACUCCGUUAUCUGCAAUUUCAAGGUUCAUUACAAUAAGAAGGACAUGCACAGACUCCUCCAAGGAGUGAUAGAUCCCUCAGGCUUGCUCCCCUCAUGGCUCACUGAACAAGAUUGUUGUCACUGGACAGGAGUUGAGUGUGACAACAUCACAGGAAGAGUUACUGAGCUCAGUCUCCCUUGUCAUGCAGCAGACAACGAUGACAAAUCACACUGCCUAAGAGGUGAACUCAACCUUUCUCUGCUCCAACUUGAAUUUCAGCAAUGA